AUGAUGGCUACACUACGAUGCAUGACCCCAUGCUUCAAAAGAUUUCAAUCUACAAAACCACUCUACGUGACCACUCCAAUUUUUUAUGUCAAUGCUGCGCCGCAUAUUGGACACUUGUAUUCGAUGUUAAUUGCAGACACUCGGUGUAAAUGGGAAAAAUUGGACCCAAAGAAAAGUUCAUACAUGCUCACGGGGACCGAUGAACAUGGCCUUAAGAUACAAGUUGCAGCAGCCAAACAGGGUAUCGAUCCAAAACAACUAGUGGAUAAAGUUUCGGGGAAUUUCAAAGACUUGUGUGCAAAUUCUGAUGUUACAUACGACCGAUUCAUUCGAACUACCGACGAUGAUCAUGUCAAAGUGACCAAAUAUUUUUGGAAACUAAUGGAAGAGAAAGGGUAUAUAUACAAAGGAUCACAUAGUGGAUGGUACUGCGUUAGUGAUGAAACUUUUUACCCAGAAACGGCGAUCGAAGAAGUUGAAAGGGAUGGCAAAAUUAUCAAAAUCUCCACGGAAACCAAAAAUGAAGUUGUGUUUGAAGAAGAGACAAACUAUUUCUUUAAGCUUUCUGCAUUUCAAGAUCAAUUGAUCCAGUUCCUUAAAGAGAAUCCAAAUUGGAUUAAGCCAAAGCAUAGAUAUGAUUUUAUCUUGAACGAGUUGCUCAACUCGCCAUUAGAAGACUUAUCAAUCUCAAGACCAGCAAGCAGGUUAAACUGGAGUAUUGCUGUGCCGAAUGAUGAAUCUCAAAAAAUAUAUGUUUGGUUUGAUGCGUUGUUAAAUUAUUUAACAGCAACUGGGUUCCCCAAACAAUUCCAAAGUGACGGUGUCACCAAGGUUGGUACCAGUAAUAAUAGUGGUGGCAGCAACAACAACAAAGAAAAUAACAAAAACAACGAAAACAACGAAAACAAUGAAAACAAUGAAAACAAUGAAAACAUCAGUAGCGAAAGUUUUCAAACACCCCCACUGAAUAUUUGGCCAGCAACGCAUAUUAUUGGUAAGGACAUUAUAAGAUUUCAUUGUAUAUAUUGGCCAAUUUUUCUCAUUGCAGCAGGUAUUGAAUUACCCAAGGAAGUCAUUGUUCAUUCUCACUGGUUAAGCGAUGGAGUAAAGAUGAGCAAAAGUUUGGGCAAUGUGAUCAAACCCAAAGAUAUUCUUGACUACUAUGGAAUUGAUCCUGUACGGUUCUUCUUUAUGGAGAACUCAAAUAUUAGCGACGAUUGUAAAUAUAGUGAUGAGCUUAUCCAUCAGUCGCGUGGUUUGCUUAUCAACAAGUACUGCAAUUUGAUCAAUCGUAUUAGCUCAACUAGAUUUGAUAUUAGAGGUGGCGUGGAGAUGUACCACCAGGGAAAAUUUGAAGAUAUCGACGAAUUUGUAAAACAGGAGGCUGGCAAUGAGGUGGCUGCUGAAAUUCAAAGCUUGAUAUCCAAUUUGAACCAAUUAUACUCUGUAAUGAAUGACGAGGUAAAGGAAUAUAGAUACAACCGAGCCAUUCAAGCAUGGUGGUCGGCUAUAAAUCAAGCCAAUCAAAUAUUCCAACUUUCACACCCAUGGUCUUAUGUUUCUGCUAUUGCCGAUGAGCAAACGCAACAGGAAACGAAAGAAAGUUAUCAGAAAUUGAUCAAUUACUAUACAUUUAUCUGUUCAGAAUGCGUUAGGAUUGCUUCUAUCUUGAUCCAACCAGUAAUGCACGAGUUGUCUGGAAUUAUAUUGGAUAGGAUGAAUGUUGAUAAAACGAAAAGAACUAGCGAGUUUGCACGUUUUGGUGCUGAUGACCAAUAUGGCCAACAAGCCAAUUCAGGAAAGUUCAAAUUGCCUUUACAAAAAAUUGAUAUAAGAAUAGCUCCAGAACAGAAAUAG